AUGGCAACCCAACAUAUCAUAGCCUCAGCCGCUCAAAACACACAUCUCCUCUCCAUACUUUCAGAAACUGAUCAUGCACCUUCGGAAUAUGCACAAAUCACUCAAUAUCAAUUAUCUAUUGAGAGAAUUGUCUUGGAACAAGAGAAACGGGUCAAGACUUUGGUGGCAGCAAGUGCAAAGGAACAUCAGGAGCAUGAAGAAUAUAAAGACUCCACUGUCAAACGUUUAGCCUAUAAAAUAAGUGGCAGAAAACAAAAGUUUAUUGAAAAGGAAGAGAAAGAACAUCGAGAAUGGUUAAAUGCUAUUCAAAAUGAAUUGGAAGCCAAGCGUCACUUGAGCCAUUUAAAAGACACGCUACAAGAAGCUAAAUCAAAAGCUUCGUUGUUGAAGCCUCUGGUUGAAAAAAAUAACGCUGCACAAGCUGAGCUCGAUACUCUUUAUAAUUCCAUAUUUUCAGGGCCAUCCCCUGAUUUUCCAACUGAAGAUACGAUGGAGCACCUUCUUUCUCUAGCCAAAGAUUCAUUCGAUGAGGGGCAGCUGCGACUUAGUAUUGAGUCCAAUGUCUCAUCAAUCUUGCAAAAUGCUUCAACGAUCAUGCGCCAAUGUAUUGCAGCUCUGGAUAAUGCUCUUAAAUCCUCGACUAUGGAUGCAUGGGGAGUAGGUGGAGGAUUUGCCGACAUGACGGAACAAUCUUCACUUGCACAAGCCCAAUCCCUUUCUUCUCAAGUAGAGAUGUUGAUUUCUCAAGCGCGACAAAUGCAACCAGCAGUUCAACCUUUGGGCCCGAUGAACAUUGCACAAGGGAGUCUAAUGUCUGAUUUUAUCUUUGAUAAUAUCCUCUCUGAUCUCAAAUUUCAUGAAAAGAUUGAGGAGUCGAGGCGGCAGUUGAUAGCAGCACGAUCUCGAUUGAUUCAAGAAACAAAACAUAGCAACGAGCGUUUGAUGAGUUUUGGUGUGGAAGUCGGGGAGAGGAAGAAAGUUUUGGAAAUGAAACGAAAAGAAUUACAGGAUGAAAGAGCAGUGGUGUUUGAGAGAGUGAUUGCUCGUGGAGGCAUUGCGUAUAAUCCCCAGGAACCGCGAAGCAAUGUCCAAGUAGAACAUGAUCAAUCAGGUCAGCAGUCACCGGCACUGCAAUGGGAUAGUCAGCAACACAUACAUUAUUCGUUGUUUGGAGGAGGCUAUAAGGAACAGUCUAAUGAAUUUGAACCGUACCAUAUUCCACCAGCAGGAACUUAUGAAUCUCUUCCCGUCGAUUCAAAUUAUCAUCAGCAGGAUCUAUCAAUGCCCGCUCCUUCAUGGUACACAUCUUGA